UAAGAUGAUGACGUUUCCGGCUGCAGACCCUCCCCCUCCGUUUUUCUUCUCUGCGGACACACAAACAAACCCGCCGCAGAACCGCACAUCCCAAGACCUGGAGCAGCAGCAAGACCGGGAGCAGAACUCUGGACUUUCGGAGUCAUGACGGAGUCCAGUAAAACCCACGUCAUCCUGCUGUCGUGCGGCAGCUUCAACCCCAUCACCAAAGGACACAUACAUAUGUUCGAGAAAGCCAAAGAGUUCCUGGACAAAACUGGACGCUUCAUCGUGAUCGGAGGAAUCAUCUCACCGGUGCACGACUCGUAUGGGAAACCAGGUCUGGUGUCCAGCAGACAUCGUCUGACCAUGUGUCAGCUGGCCGUCCAAUCCUCCGACUGGAUCAGAGUGGACCCGUGGGAGUGUUACCAGGAGACAUGGCAGACGACCUGCAGUGUUCUGGAGCAUCACAGAGACCUCAUGAAGAGAGUGACAGGUUGUAUUCUGUCCAAUGUAAACACACCAUCCAGCACGCCUGUGAUUGGUCAGCCACAGAACCAGACUCCACCCAUCUACCAGAACCGCAACAGCAUGAAUCACAAGCCCACUGCAGUCAAAGUCUGGGGGAAGCUGAGUGAGAGUUUGGGGAAGAUCUGUUGUGUUCGUCCUCACAUCGACCGUUUCACCUUCGUUGAUGAAAAUGCAAACCUGGGUACGACUGUGAGGUACGAGGAGAUCGAGUUACGUAUCCUCCUCCUCUGUGGUAGUGACCUCCUGGAGUCUUUCUGCAUCCCUGGACUGUGGAAGGACAGCGACAUGGAGGUGAUCGUUGGAGAUUUUGGGAUGGUGGUUGUCCCUCGUGAUGGAGCCGACACUGAGAGAAUCAUGAACCAAUCAGCUGUUCUCCGCAAGUACAAGGAAAACAUCCUGGUGGUGAAGGACGCCACCUCCUACCCCAUGUCCAUCGUCAGCUCCACCAAGAGCAGAUUGGCUCUGCAGCACGGUGACGGUCAUGUGGUGGAAUAUCUGAGUCAGCCCGUCAUCGAUUACAUCCUGCAGAGUCAGCUCUACAUCACUGCUUCAGGAUAGGGCAGGAACUGCACCUUCUGCACCCAGUGUGUGUGUGUGACUGUGUAUGUCUGUCUAGGUGUGAGUGUGUGCGCGCUAGAGUGUGUGUGUGUGUUGGUGCACAGUGGCCCUGUCUUAGAAGAGAAACAGAAACACUGCUCUGAUUGGCUGUUUGCCCUCAGAUUGUUUGCAGCCUGAGUCUGGCGUCCGAACUGUAGGUGGCGCUGCAAAGACUUUUCUAUGAUUCAUUAGUGAAACUCUUGUGGUUUUUGUUGUUGUGGUUUUUGUUGUUGUUGUUUUUCUGCAUGCUCACUCUUCUGGCAUGAACGUUCUUCGGUCUGCUGACUGUGUUUCAACAAAAACAAUAAAGAAGAAAAUGAUGAAGGAAA